AUGUCCGCCGAUUAUGUCAUUAUUGGUGGUGGCACUGCAGGUCUUGUUGUCGCUAACAGACUUUCUGCCAGCCCCAACACACGAGUAGUGUUAAUUGAGCCAGGGGAGGACGAUAGAAACAACCCCAACGUUACAGAUCCACUGAGACGCGAUGAAAACGCCAACACCGCCAUCGAUUGGUCGUAUAAAUCGACCCCACAAGCCCAAAUGAACGAUCGUAGCGUAGAGUUUAUCGCUGGGAAAAUUGUCGGAGGAACAAGCAUGAUCAAUGGCAUGAUGUACAUCCGAGCUGCUACAGCAGAGAUUAACGGUUGGGAAAGACUUGGAGCAAAAGGAUGGAACUGGAAUUCUUUGUGGCCUUUCUACAAGGGUCUUGAACGGUUUAUCAACCCAACUCCUGAGCAGAGCGACUCCGGUAUCAAAGUCGACCCGGAGUUUCAUGGAACGAAUGGCGACCUGGCUGUCAGUUAUCCGACUCAGCUUCCUACUGGACAUCUCUCGUCCGCCCUAGCAGAUACAUGGGAGACCUUGGGGGUGCCUACCCGCUCGGAUGCAAAUGGCGGCAUGGUCGAGGGCUAUACUACUCGGCCAAUGAUGAUCGAUAGUAAGUCGGGAGUUCGUGCCAGUGCCGCUGUGGCAUUCUACUAUCCGAUAUCCGAUCGCAAGAAUCUCAGUCUCAUUCAAGGUACUGUCCUCAAUCUUACGUGGGGUGAUCGUACAGAAGAAGAUAGUCUAUCAGCUGAUGGGUGUCAAUAUCGAGACGGGGACGGCAAGCUACAUAGCGUCAGACUCAGUGAAGUUGGUCAGAUCAUACUUGCAGCGGGUGCAUUAGCAACUCCAGCCAUUCUUCAAGCGUCAGGCGUUGGGAGCUCAUCUCUCCUCAACGAUCUCGGGAUACAAGUUCAACUCGACCUUCCUGGAGUCGGAGAAAACUUACAAGAUCAACCAGAUCUUACAUUCUCAUACAGUCCAAAGAACCCAACCCCGGAUGCCAUCACCCCUUACGCAGCAUUCGUCACAGCAAGGGAUGUGUUCGGAGAAGAGACAGAAUCUAUGGCAGCUUCCACAGAGGCGAAUUUGCGCGAAUGGGCCGAGAUUGUUGCGUGCGCCAACAAGCACGUUGGACCAGAUGCGAUUGAAACAAUCUUUCGGCAUCAACAUGGUCUAAUCUUCAAAGAAAAACUUGCCAUAGGCGAGAUAACAAUGACGUCAUCUACGAAAAUGUCGUCCGAAUACUGGUCCCUGCUUCCAUUCUCCAGAGGAAGCGUUCGGCUUAGCUCCAGAGCGGAAGACGGGACAUACGAGGUAGACAUCGAUCCCAGAUUCUUCCAGAUUGAUUUCGACCAAGACUGCUUCACUAAGCUCGGUCGAUUGGUACAAAAGUUCUGGUCAACAGCUCCAGCUGCAGAGAAGGUGACAUCGAAAAUCGAACCAAAGAAUGAAAAACUACCGGAUGAUGCAUCGACUGAACAAUGGAACUCUUACGUCAAGGAAAAAACUGUCGCCAAUCAUCAUGUCCUUGGCACAGCAGCCAUGAUGUCGCGUGAAUUGGGAGGCGUUGUUGACGAGAAUCUGAAAGUAUAUGGGACUCGGAAUGUGAGAGUGGUUGACGCCUCCAUUAUUCCAAUGCAGGUUACGGGCCAUUUAGCAUCGACAGUCUAUGCUGUUGCUGCGAGAGGAGCAGAUCUGAUUCUGAAUGGUAACUAA